AUGCUAAAUAAAAUUCCUUCAUAAAUAUCUUUCGGAACUGACCAAUAAAGUUCAUAUAAGUUCGAUGAUCAACUAUCAAUAAGAACUGGUAACUUUAAGAUAGCUGGGUUUAAAAUUUAUUUGCAAGAUAACAUCAUAUGUGGAAUAGCAAUUAUUUACUUAAAUAUAGGGAUUGGAAGAAAGAUUAUCUUUACCGAUACUUAUUAGAAUAGAAAGUAUAACAAUUAGUAUGAAUUUGAUAUUGCUUCUAGUAUAAUUAUCUGAAUUGAUAUUAUAUAGAUGAUUAUAUAUAAGUCAUUUUUGGCCAUUAUGAUUAAAAAAUUAACUAACUGGGUAUUAUCACAUACUCAGGAAAAUAAGAAAUAUUUGGAAUAGAUUAAGGAAAAUCAUUUAAUUAUAUGUUUAUGGGUCAUACAUUUACAGGUUGUAAUGGGACUUUUACAUUAAAUUCAAUAUAAACUCUUGGUUUUUAGGUUUAGUAACUUCCUAAAGAUUACAUCUAACAAAAUGUAAUUAAUAAUAACUAUAAAGUAGCUUCAUCCUUUAUUAGAAAUUUUUUAUCCAAGCAUAGAAAAUAAUCACAUACAAAAUAUAGAACAAAUGAAUACAAGGCAAUUAAAUUUAUCAGAAUUUACUAUUCUAAAUAAGUCUGGGAGAUAAGAUAAUAAUUAAAAGAAUCAAAAUGAAUUAUUAGAAUCAGAAUUAAUUAAAUAACUAGAAUACUAAAAAUUCGACUAUUUUAAUUUACCAUUUAAAGAGACUUAAUAAUAAAAUACUAGAUUUGUGUCUAAUAAUAAUUAAAAGAAAAAUUAGCAAGGAAGCGCCACUCCAGAUUUAUAAUCUGUUGGAGUAGGAAUUAAAAUAGGUAUAGGACUUUUUAAAUUGAUUACUCAUCAUUGA